AUACAACUCUCAAGGUUGUCGGGCCUAGCACAUGUAACUGUAACUGUCACUGGUGGCAAAAAGUAAAUGGGUUUACGGGAAUAUCACAAAAUCUAGCCUGCUUACUAACAAGUUUCCUGCGUCUGCUGUAUCGUGAAUAGCGUUUUCAUUGAUUGACUGAUAGGCUAAUAUGAAGGAGUACUUUCCGUUUGUUGACAGUCACUUCUCGUGGUUAACGCAAUUAAUAACGACCUUAUUAUUAUACUCAACGGUUAUUUUGCCUCUAUUGUUGUUACAUACAUACUUCAAAAAAAGGUAUAAAUUGCACAUAACUAAGGGUACUACUAAAUCGUGUUGUGCAAAAGCGAUAUACAUCUGUUUUGUACCUGAUGUUAAUGCUUCAGAAAAUGUUGAUUUACCAGUUCCUGUAACUGUGUCCACUACUCGUUCGGGAUCACAUUCAAAAUUGUUUAAAUGUAUAAAUUGUAUACAAUCCUAUUUCGGUCUAGACUGUAGUCCAUCAUUGAGGACUACAAAACAAUACUAUACCCUGUUGGCAUUUUGUUUUAUUGGUCUGCAAUUCUCUUAUUUGUUAUGGGGGUUAUUGCAGGAGCGAAUCAUGACUAAAGUGUAUGACAACGAAAAGUUUGAAAAAUCACAAUACCUCGUCUUUUGUAAUCGUUUAACAGCGCUGAUCAUCUUAUUACCUUUACACUGUUUUAAUUUGGGACUUAUUGUUAACCCUUGGCAGCAAGGUCGUAAAGCACCUUUUAUUCAAUACGCAUAUGCUUCUGUUAGCAAUGUGAUUAGCAGCUGGUGUCAAUAUGAAGCACUGAUGUAUAUUUCAUUUCCGACUCAAGUAAUUCUUAAGGCCUGUAAAGUUUUACCAGUUAUGUUUAUGGGAAAAUUCAUUCAGAGAAGAGUAUAUAAGGGAAGUGAAUACCUUACGGCUGGUAUUAUAUGCUUAGGCAUGAUUAUGUUUUUCUACACUGAUCCUGAACAAGAUUAUCAGUCAAGAAAGGAGGCAGAUACUAGAUUUCUAUUAUCACUUAGUGGUUAUAUACUAAUUUUUGGUUAUAUUCUAUGUGAUUCUUUUACUUCUAAUUGGCAAGACUAUUUAUUUCAAAACUAUAAACUUACCUCGUUACAGGUCAUGGCUGGUGUAAACGUUUGGUCGGUGCUACUCACCCUCUUAUCAUUAGUUGGAAGUGGUGAUCUUAUUUAUGCUGUACAAUUUGGAUUUAGACAUCUUGAAUUUAAUUUUGAUGUUUUAUUGUCAUCUUUGUGUUCAGCAUUUGGUCAAUUGUUUAUCUUUCUUACCAUAUCACAGUUCGGUCCAGCUUCAUUUGUCCUAAUCAUGACACUGAGACUUGGUUUCUCUAUGAUACUUUCAUGUAUUAUAUUUUCUCAUGCAUUACAUCCUUUGGCUAUAGUAGGCAUAUUUGUGGUUUUCUUUGGUUUAUUUUUGCGAAUUUAUUCACGUCAGAAAAAAACUGCACCAUCCAAAAAUAACAGUAUUAAAAAUGAUCUGAUUGUAUCAGUAAAGUAGCUUCUAUCCUGUGAAUCUGUAUCAAUAUCUUAUUUGGGUCUAUGCUUUGCUGAACAUAUUCUCAGUAUUACUACUGUAUUCUACCAUCAUGCUUGCAUCUCUUCGUAAAUGCAGCAUCUUAAUCAGAGGUGAAUGUCGUACUUUUUUUGUAGAAGAAUACUCUUUUUUAUUAUAACUCAUUUUGUAUAGUAAUUCCUAUCUGUGAUAUGCAAUCUGUAAAAGGUAUUACUCUCCCUCCCUCCCUCUCUCUCUCUCUCUAUAUAUAUAUAUAUAUAUAUGGUUGUGGAAUCUCAAUGUUUUAUUUCUCCCUUUUCAUUUUUCCACC